AUGAGUAAACGCAAGGCCGACUCUGACGAGCACGACCCACACGACGCAGCCAUAGCCGAGCUCCUCACCCUCCUCGACCCAGCACCAUUCAGCACCGACGUGUGUGUCGGUGCACUCCGCCGCGCCAAGGGGGACGUGGCGGCUGCCGCGGAACUGCUCCUCGUCGGGGGCGGCACAUCACAGCCAUCAACGUCCAGUUGGCAAUCGGCGCCGGCGUCCAACUCUGCCAAGCGAUCGAAGGGAAAGGGAAAGGGUCUGAAGCAGUGGUUCAAACCGCCAAAGACCGAGCCAUCCACGCCCUCCACAUCCUCCAUCACAUCGCUGCGCCCCGCCUUCCCGCGCCCAGUAUCGCCCCCACCACCCACCCCACCCUCACCUGGAGUUGACCGCGACGCCUCAGCUGCCGGAUGGGCCGCCCUCCUCUCCCGUCCCGUCACCGACAAACCCAACAAUCCUCGGGGAACGAUCCACCUCGCUUCGCCAGCCGCCGUCGCAGCUGCCAACCUCCCCCUCGCCUUCCUCCCCUCUCCCCUAACUCCCUCUUUCGCCGCCCAGCUAUUUCACGAGAUGAUGACUGAGAGCGCAAAGUGGGGCCGGAACAAGCUCUACAUCGCAGGCAAGGCGGUGGAGAGUAACCACCAAGCGACCGGAUACGCCCGGGAGGGCGAACAUUGGGACAGUGAUGGCCCAGUCGAGUACUUUUAUAACGGAAAACGGACCGAGGCAAAGGCAUAUACCCCGUAUCUGGACAAAUCCGCGAGCUUGGUGGAAGACGCAGUUAACGCUUACCUCGACAGCGUACCUCGGUAUCCUCUAGAGUAUAGGGGACGGUGGCGGGCUAACGCAUGCGGCGCUAAUCGAUAUGAUGGGGCGCAAGCGACCGUCGGCUUCCAUUCGGACCAGAUGACUUACCUUGGACCAUACCCCACCAUCGCGAGUUUGUCCCUUGGGACACCGCGCGCGUUCCGCCUACGCGCAGUGAAUACUUCUGACCCGGCAUUCGCGCCGGACGAGCCGCCGCGCACAUACGAGGUAACGCUGGGGAACAACACGCUCGUGCUCAUGACGCCUGGAUGCCAGGAACGGUUCAAGCACACGAUCCCUCCACAGCGCGCACUCGACACCUUUCGUAUCGGUUGGGAUGCAGACGGGCAGCCCAUCCCAGUCGAUGAGCAGACUGCGUACACGUCCCGCAUCAACAUCACCUUCCGGUUCUAUCGCCAAGACUUCCAUCCCGAACCUAGCCCCGACGGCCUUCGCUCCGGUACACCAUACUGCAAAUGCGGCUUCCCUACCCUCCUCCGUGCCGACCAACGCGGCAAGGCCCGCUCGGCACUCGGCGUAAUACGAGGCUCGGGCUCCGUGUCGAAUGGCGUCGUCGAUGACGAUAUGGUGUACUUUUGGCAAUGUCAGACGCCAAUGCGGACAAGCGACAUGAAGGGAUGCGGGUUCUUCAAGAUCCUCGAUAUGCGCGGAGAAGGCCGGGGUCCGUGUUGCGGAGAUGACCCGGAUGUAGGGAAGGUUGUAGAGGGUGGUGCGCCAGAGUCGAGAGCCUAG